GGAUGACAGUCCGCGGUCACAUGCCAGUGGAAGGGAAAAGGAGCAGAGAGCUGGAUGAGGCGGCGCGGGAAGAAAGAGCAGGCCCAAAUACACUGUCCCGGGAGUCCGUCGGGUCAAGGUCUUUCCCGGAAAGAAGAGUGUGGAGCCAUCGACUUGCGCACCCUGUUCUGCCACAUGGGCGUGUUCCAGCAGAAUUUGGUUCACUCCAGCUGCUCGGUCACCAUUUUAACCGAUGUACUUCUGAAUAUUCCAGUAAAACUCUGAAGUUGGGGUCAGUGCUGGAAGGAGCAUCAACUGGGGAGAGGAGGGACAAAGAGAACAGGGGGGCUUUGUUGUCCAGACUGACCUCAAACUCCGGAACUCUAGUGAUCUUCCUGCCUCAGCCUCCCAAGUAACUGGACUACAGUCCUGCACUAGGGCACCUGGCUUAAACCUCACAUUUAGGAAAUGCAUGUGUGCUUCACAUCUCUAAAAUGAAAAUGAAACUAAGUUUGGGAGACAAAGGAUGGGGGCAGUGUAAGCCAAAGGAGUAACAGGCAUCCAACCCCUGCUGACUGGGAGGUAGUUCCAGAAGGUCUGCCUUCUGUGGUUGCCAGGCAACACGUGUAAACAGCACAGGAUCAUGGCCACUAACUACAGUGCCAAUCAGUAUGAAAAAGCUUUCUUACCUAAGUAUCUGCAGAACUGGUCUCCUGCCAAACCAACAAAAGAGAACAUCUCUUCCCAUGAAGGCUACACCCAGAUUAUCGCCAAUGAUCGUGGUCAUCUAUUGCCUUCAGUGCCCCGUUCCAAGGCAAGCCCCUGGGGUACAUUCAUGGGUACCUGGCAAAUGCCUUCGAAGAUACCUCCUGCUCGGGUGACCUUGACUUCCCGAACAACUGCUGGUGCUGCCUCCCUCACUGAAUGGAUACAGAAAAAUCCUGAUUUACUCAAGGCCUCUAAUGGGCUGUGUCCUGAAAUCUUAGGCAAGCCCCAUGAUCCAGACAGUCAGAAGAAUCUCAGGAAGAAGUCUAUCACAAAGACCGUACAAGCAGCACCAAGCCCGACUAUAAUUCCAAACUUUACAGCUACCAAUCCCAAUUCCCCAGAUCAACCCCAAAGCUCACACCCCUCUGCAGGUCAUACUCCAGGUCCCCAAAGCCCAGUUAACUCUCUUAAGAGCCCAACUAGAAGUGCAAGUGUACUGGAACACUGAGAGACAGUUGAGAUACAUAAAUGCAAACUUGGAACUUCAACUCGGACAUAGGGUUCACACUUAGAACACCUGCCUAGAGAUUGAGUAAAGUAACCAAAAAUCCCUAAUCAGAAAUGUGGAACAGAGAAAUCUGAGAUAGGAAUAAAAGCAAAUUUGGACAAUAAAUAUUGGUUUGUUCAAUCUG